UGAGAAAUUAUGGUGAACAUACAACUACGAAGCGCACUCCGGUUUGACUACUAUACACUUUUUUUUUGGAAAAUUGAAAUAAGAAAAUUUUACCACAUACCUAGGCAUUAGCUAGGUAGUUGGAGAAUACCUAGUAGACUAACAAUUUUGUCGGUGCGAACACAGAGACGCAGGCACAUUACAGAACGACGCAACCCGGAAGUAAGGUUCCAAAGGAGGAGUAAAGCAAUGACAACAAAAAGCAUAACUGGUUAAAGUAACUGGCUGAGACUACGAGAGCGCAGUGUUCAUGGCAUCGCUGGCGUCGCAGAGGCUAAUGUUAUCAGACUUAUCUAAGAUGUCAGCGGCAAGUCAAGCCGAAAAAAGCGUUUUGGAGGAGGAGUUCAAAUGGUUGUUGAAAGAAGAGGUGCAUGCCGUCCUCAGGCAACUACAAGAUAUUUUGAAGCAAUAUUCCUGUGUUCCCACACAGGAGGCAUCACGACACUUUUCUACACCUGUACCUGGUCUGGAAAGCCAAAUUAAGCAAGAAAAUUUCAUUCUGGGCAACUCAACCAUGGACCAGGUGAAGGGAGUGCUGACUCUACAGGGGGAAGCUCUUACCCAGGCUGACAUUAAUAUAAAAACGGCUAAAAGUAAUCAAAUUGUGCGCUUUUCAUUUCGGGAAGACAAACAAUGGAACAUGCAACAGAUACAGGAUGCCAAGAACCAUGUGAACCAGGCUCUUCAAUUGCUUAAUAGCCGGAAUGAGAUGUACACCUUUAAAACAGGAGCUGAAGUCAACAAGCUAAUGGACGCAGUAAUGCUGCAGUUAACACGCGCUCGCAAUCGCCUCACCACGCCUGCCACGGCAACACUUUCCGAGCUGGCUUCCAGCAGCCUGAUGAAUAUGUUCACGCCCCCACUGCCAGGAGACAUGAUGGUGAACUUCUACAUCAACCUCAGCAGGCUGUGUCUGACUGUGUAUCAGCUGCAUGUCCUGCAGCCAAACACCACCAAGAAUUUUAAACCUGCUGGGAGUUCAGUGUUGCAUAAUCCUGGAGCAAUGUUUGAAAUGAAUGGCACGAAGUUCGAGGUCAAUCACGUGCACAAAGUGGAGUGUGUGGUUCCCUGGCUCAACGACACCCUGGUCUUUUUCACCAUCUCGUUGCAGCUCUGUCAGCAGCUGAAAGAUAAGAUUUCAAUCUUCUCUAGUUACUGGAACUACAGACCUUUCUAGUCAGCAGACCUGCAGCAUCUGAGAAUCAAGGAAGUAACCAGAGUACCAUAACAAUAUUAUUUUCUCCAGUAUUAUUGGUUGAAAUUAUGUUGCUAAUUAAUCAAAAAUACAUCAUCAGGGUAGGCUGCUUAAAAUACUAACAUAAUUUACUCAUUUGAAGCCUAGUUAAGCUGUUCAAAUGCAUGUCUUCUUAGAACUUUUUAUGUGAAUUGCUUGUUGCACUGUUUCAAUAUGCUGAAUACUUGCACUCAUUCUUUAAUGAUAUUUUUGGUUUAAUUCUCUCAACAUUCAGAAAUGAAGGUAGCCGUUUCAGAAGAUACAGAUAAUGAUAUUUCCGUUUUCACUUUCCAAUAUAAGUCACUUUAAGCAGUGAACUGUUGUUGAUUGUAAUGGGCAAGUGAGCUUCAGAUCAUAAAGUAAUGUGUUUAAUAUGCACCAAAUGAAAGAAUAGACUUGAAAGAAUAGGUUGCCUGACCUGAGGACGUCCCAUGUACUAAAAUUCAUGGUAAAAUAUACUUUUUGCCAUAAGAUUUUUCCCAUGGAUAAACUGCACAAGGACCAUAUUAACACCUGAGUGAUUGAACGAAAACUUAAUAUUGCAGGACCAUUCUUAUUAUGAAUACUUUAAGGUGUAGGUUGGCAGAUGUGUCAUCAACUGGAGUAGACUCUGUUCUGAAGCUUACAUAAUGCUUUAUAACUGAUCUUACACUGGUGUAGUUUGUGCUUAUGUUUCAUUUUAUAAACAUGUUAAAUCCAUUUUCACCAGAUGUCUUCUUUGAGCAACAUUCCAUGAUCAAAGGGUUAAGUGUAUUUUACCACCAUACAGCUAUAGUGGGAGCAUAUUUAAGUGGAUUAUCAGUAAAAAUGUUACUGAUUGUUGUGUCCCAUGGCCAGUAAUGUAGAGUACCGAGAGUCGUAGAGUCUUUUUUUGUCAAUAAUCAACCAUUUUAGUGAUCAGCCCAUGUUGCGUGUCAGUGUGUGUGUGUAUUUAUUCAAAUUUGAUUUUAUGUUUGACUUAUGUUUUGCCUCACCAUUACCCAUUGAAAUUUGAAAAUUCAUUCCCUAGAAAAACUAUGGCCAGAAAUGAGAGAACAGGUUAUGUAUUAUGAAAUGCAUUAACAAAAUACCUGUGGACCAUAUAAUGUAU